CACAAACCUUGCAUUCCUGCUACAUUACAACAUAACUACAUGAUUUGAAGCCAUAUCGAACCAGAUGAUAUGAAGGGCGAAAAACCAACCAAGCUUUGUUCACAAAUUACUCCAGUCAUGGCAAAAUCUCUAUCAACACAGCAAAUUAAUCAGUGCUCUGAGUCUCUCUGUUGUGCAAAAACAAACCCAAUUUGAAAAUCAGCAGCUGGACUCUCAAGUUGAACGAGGAGUCGAUCAGGUUUUGAAGAAUGUACGAACAUGUCUCAAAGCUACGAAUAUGGCUGAAAGUGCAAAUGAAACCAUUGCUUUGGCAAAUGCUAAAGAAUUCUAUCAGCAGUACAGUAAAGUUAUUCCGACGGAGUUUUUGUCCAAAUAUUCAAGUCAUUGUUGGAAGAUGAAAUUCAACGUGGAAAUAAUGAAUGGCUCCUUCUACAAGGGACAAUUGGGAAAGUACCCCUUUAGAAUGGAAGAGCAGAAAUCACUCCAAAACCAAAUUAUGUCUCUGAAAAAACUCUUUGAAGGAAACUUCUCAUCUGAUGUCAUAUGCUUACCCAACGUCUUCUUAGCUGGUUUCCCCAAAUGUGGCUCAACAUAUGGCUUUUGCUUUCUGCAGUCUUUAGUUCAUCUCAGCACUGGACUCCAAAUGGGAGCUUCUACUAAAGUUGUCAAGGAACCACAUUACUGGGUGAGAACGAAAGAAACAAAAUAUGUAAAAAUGCCUAAGCCAACGGAUCUGGCUGAGUAUGUUCUAAACUAUUUACCAGGACUCUUCAAGAUUAAUGCGCUGAAGAAUAAGAAAGUGGUUUUGAUUGAUGGAACACCCAAUAUGCUUUUUGACUCACCACAAUUUCACAAAAAACAGUCAAACACUUCCAACUACUGCCUUCUACCCUCAGCAAUUCCAGAGCUGCUCCCUAAGUCCAAGUACAUAAUUAUAGUGCGGAAUCCACUUAAGAUGCUCUAUUCAGCUUUCUGGUUUUCAAUUACCAGAAUGAUAGAACUACCGAGAAACGUUCAGUUGAUAGGACCUGGUCUCUUCCAUGACCGAAUAAAAGCAAAGAUAGAUCUCUUCAAUGAUUGUAUGCGGGAUCCAGACAAUUUGGAGAUCAGUAUGCCCUGCAAUCUUUAUGAUGAUUCUGACUAUGACUCUUGCAUCAAGAAAAGACUACAUUUACUUGACCAGUGUGUACAUACGAUUACAUUCAAUCUGUUUUCAAAGGAGCUACCAACAAGUGGUAGAAGUCGAGUGGAAAUGGGCCUGUUUUACACGCACAUUCGUAAGCUCCUCACUGUUGUGCCCAGGGAUAAAGUGAUGGUACUUACAUUAGAACAAUUAGCAAAAGAGCCAGAAGUCAUUGCAGAACAGAUGCUUAAGUUUCUCGGAUAUCCAUCACCUAAAAGUAUUCUCAACGAAGUGAAGUUAAUUACACACACUUGUACCAAGAACAGCCAAGAAACAAUUCCGUACAAGCACGACCCUCAACUGAAAAUGAGAGAAGAUACAAAAUCAAUGAUUCUGAAGUUUUACAAGCCAUUUAAUUCAUUAUUAGCAGAUUUGUUACAUGACGACAGGUUUUUAUGGAAUGAUUAACAAGUUAAUUUUGGUCGAUCUAUUUCUACACAUUCAUGAUAAAAAUCCUAUA